AUGUCUAUAACAGUCACACCUCUUUAUAACAUCUCAAAGGAAAAUGAAGACUUCUCUGACCAGUGGUGGUACAAAAUUACACUUCCACGAAAUAUAUAUGUGGCCAUGCGAAUUAUCUCCAUCAUCUAUCUCAGCAUUACCUGCAUUGUUGGGGUCAUAGGAAAUGGCUUGGUUAUCUGGAUUUCUGGCUUUAAGAUGAGCUUAAUUAGUGCCAAGUGGUACCUUAACCUGGCAAUAACAGACUUUAUAUGCAGUGCCAGUGUUGUACGUAUUGCAGCAUGGUUUUUGCCAGGUCAUUUCUUUGAUUGUAGCGUCAGUUUUGCUUUGCUCCUCCUAAACAUGCUCACCAGUGUCUAUUUCUUAACUGCCAUAAGUAUUGAUCGCUGCAUAUCAAUAAUGUGGCCGUUUUGGGCAAACAGUAACAGGACAAAAAGAUCAGCAAACACUGGUAUUGUUAUUAUCUGGAUGGUGUCUCUGCUCUUCUCAGUUGCAUCUGUUCUUAUAGACUUUGGAUUUCAUGAUUUGAUGCUGUGCGCUCCCAAAGAAAGGGGUUAUUAUAAGGUCCUCAAUAUUUCUAAGGUGGAGAAGUUUGAAAAUCUAAGUCAUCCUGUUACUGUUUCAGUUGUUAUGUUUUUGUUACCAUUUACUGUUAUCCUCCUCUGUUAUGGCUUCAUCAUGUUCAAAGUGGCCACUUUGAGAAGAACAAACAAAUCUCAACGGUCGUUGAAGAUCAUCGUUGCAAUCGUCAUCUGCUUCUUCAGCUGCUGGUUCCCAUAUAACCUCUGGCAAUUCAUCGCAUUCAGAACACGUGAAGAUGACAUUGGUGUUGACCUGAUAAUCAGUUAUGUUUCAGUCUGUUUGGUUUAUACCAGCAGCUGCCUCAAUCCCAUCCUCUAUGUCUUCUUGGGCAGAGACUUUAAGAGCAGUCUUACUAAAUGUAAAUGUAUUUAG